AUGACUACACCACCCCCAGAGUCUCAGAGCGUCAACCGCGAUGAACUUAGCGACGAGAACUCGACACCUUCAUCAGCUCCCAGCCCUUCCCAAGCCGAGUCUCGGAAUCGCAGCCCCAGCCCAGAGGGGCCACGACCACCUUUGCCCCCACGACCGAACACAUUAAGCCUAUUGAACGAUGAGACGGCAUCGCGAAAUGCGAAUCUACAAGCAGAGGCAACAACGGCCGUUUCUCGAGCGGAGAUUGGCACACUGACUCCGGAAGCCGGGGGUAGUGCCUAUUCCACAUUGGCAGUGCGUGGUCUAUCUAGAGGGCUGAAAGCAAGAGCUAGUCUUAGCCACUUGGCGAGUCCGAAAGGUAGCGAGGCGGGCGAUUCUGCGAGCAUUCGGAGCUCCAUCCAAAAUAGUGACGCGGGCGACGUUGAAGCCCUGUUCAAGGACUUUGUGGCGACAGCACCAGGAGUUCAUCCGGAUGCCGCAACCUUACUUCAUUUCCCCGAGUUUCCCGCUGAUGAUGUCGAUGACGAUGACUUCAUGGCCGAGUUUGAGCCAGUGGGCGAACUGAAUGAAGAUGCCGGCAAUGAAGACUUGCUUCUUCAGCGAUGGAAGAGCAAGCAUAAACACUACAUGAUUCUUUCUGCCGCUGGUAAGCCAAUCUGGACACGGCACGGUGAUGGAGGAUUGAUCUCAACAUAUGUCGGAGUUGUCCAAACCAUCAUAUCGUUCUAUGAAGAAUCUGGCGAUCAUCUUCGGAGCUUCACGGCCGGAGAUACCAAGUUUGUUAUUGUGACUCGAGGACCGCUACAUCUUGUCGCCAUCAGCCGCAUGAUGGAGAGUGAUACUCAGCUUCGGCUCCAGCUAGAAGCUUUGUACAUGCAAAUUUUAUCCACUUUGACUCUUCCGUCUCUCACUCACUUGUUCUCAGUCCGUCCGUCUACGGAUUUGAAACGGCCACUGCAGGGGUCAGAAACACUUUUGUCUUCAUUAGCAGACAGCUUCACUCGUGGAUCACCAUCCACCCUCCUGUCUGCCCUGGAGUGUCUCAAGCUACGCAAAGUACAUCGCCAGUCAAUCAACAACGCGCUUUUGAAAACGAAAGUCAGUAGCUUGCUUUACGGACUAGUGGUUGCUGGCGGGCGCCUUGUGAGCGUCGUGCGGCCAAAGAAACAUUCCCUCCACCCAGGUGAUCUACAACUUCUUUUCAAUAUGAUAUUUGAGGCCGACGGGAUCAAAGCAGGAGGUGGUGAAAGCUGGGUCCCGGUUUGUCUACCUGGCUUCAACAGCAGCGGCUACCUUUACAUGUAUGUCAGCUUCCUCAAUCUCCGAGGCAAUCUGGACGACAAUGAGGACAUCUCGAAGGACGAGUCGGUCGCUAUUGUUCUUAUUAGCCCGGAUAAGGAAAGCUUCUUUGAGAUGCAAGGAAUGCGCGACUCACUCGUGGAGCAAAUGGAGAAGAAUGGCAGUUUGAAGAUGAUCGCCGCGGCAAUUGAUCAGGGUCGCCCAGCUACCACCGACAUUAUGCCCGGAACAGUACUACAUCAUUUUAUAUACAAGUCACGAGCGAACGUCCAAUUCACCAUGUCGUCCUACUCUCCCGAGUUCACUUCAAUCUCUCGCAGGCGAAGAUUGAUGUCCGUAUACAAUAACAUCCACUCCAGCAUCCAUGCCAAGAAUAGCCACGUCAAGGUGCACCACUGUGUAUCGCGAUCCGCGAGCUCAUUUGCAUGGGUAACCCCGAUUUUCGAGCUAUACUGCGUUGCUGAGCCCAAUGCCAAUCGGAAUGCAUUAGUGCAGAGCGCCAGUAAAAUUGCUCAGUGGGUACAGCAAGAGGAAGAAAGGCUAUUCAUCAUUGGGGGUGCCGUCUUUUGA